GUCUAAUCCCUACAGUUAAGUCUAAUCCCUCCUUUAUCGAGGAGUACAGAUCAAGUGACCGAUAUAAUAAGUACUGUGUAUUGAGAACAAUAUGCACUCCGUGGCAAGUGACCUGAGAUGGUUGAGCCAGCUUGCAGAAAAGUUGAACAAGUCUACAGCUCCAGAGCAAUCUAAAGACUCUAUGUACAACGGUAUUGGAAUAGAUAGAGGAAAUAAAUCCAGUUUGAAAACUCAUAAGGAAAAUGGUGAUUUGUUGAGGUUCAUAGUUUCAGUACACCAGAAUGUUCGAAGAAAAAUUCAAGAUUUGAACAAAGGAUUGGGUCUAGUGAACUUGUUGAUGUGCAAUACAUUCUGUUUUCAAAUCUGUGUAUGCAUCUACUGCACUAUUCAGGUGAAAGAGAUUCAAGUGAAAUUACAAUAUGUGAUUCUUAUAACACCAGUUACUUAUACUAUGUAUGCUCUCUGUAAUUACGGCCAAAACUUGGUAACUGAGAGUGAAAAUUUCCAAAAAGCGUUAUAUAGUAGCGCCUGGAUGGAAUUGCCUGCCUGGAAACAGAGGAAUAUUCAAAUAGUCAUGACUCUGGCUUCUGCACAACUAGAAAUGCGAGGAUGUGGAGUUUUUGUAAUGAAUUUGAAGAUGUUCUCUUCAUGUGGCUUCUGAAGAUAUCUACCCAGCCUGUAGCUCUUAAAUGCAGAAGAGUCAUCCAUCUAGAAUUUGUCCACCUCUAUAAAAUGACUGACUGAAUAUUAUGUGACAUUUU